UAGCAAAGCACACACAGGAAGUGGCACAGCUUCGGGCAAUUUUGCUGUGAAGUUUGAAACGGUGCUGCUGUGGAAGUGGCGGCGAGCUGCAGAUCGAGCGGGUUCUAAGUGUGCGGCAGUGAAACAUGUUUGCGGGUCUGCCGGAGCUGGGCAUCUCCAACGGGGAGGACCUGAAGGAGACGCUCACGAACUGCACGGAGCCACUGAAAGCUAUCGACCAGUUCCAGACGGAGAACGGCAUCCUGCUGCCCACCCUCCAGUCCGCGCUGCCUUUCCUGGACCUGCAUGGCACGCCGCGCCUCGAGUUUCACCAGUCUGUCUUUGACGAACUUCGGGAUAAGCUGAUGGAGCGCGUUGCCUUCAUCGCGGAGGGGAAGGAUGAGGACCGGUACACGAAACUGGAAGAGCUGCUCGAGAAGAGCUUUCCUUUGGUUAAGAUGCCCUCCAUCCAGCCUGUGGUCAUGCAGGUCAUGAAGCACCUGCCCAAGGUGCCAGAGAAGAAGCUGAAGCAGGUGAUGGCUGACAAGGAGCUGUACAAGGUGUGCGCUGUGGAGGUGAAGCGACAGAUCUGGCAGGACAACCAGGCCCUGUUUGGAGACGAGGUGUCUCCGCUGCUCAAGCAGUACAUUGUGGAGAAGGAGGCUGCCCUCUUCAGCAGCGACCUCUCUGUACUGCACAACUUCUUCAGCCCCUCACCCAAGACACGCCGCCAAGGAGAGGUGGUGUUGAAGCUCACGCAGAUGAUUGGCAAGAACGUGAAGCUCUACGACAUGGUGCUGCAGUUCUUGCGCACACUUUUCUUGCGUACACGCAACGUCCACUACUGCACUUUGCGUGCAGAGCUACUCAUGUCCCUCCACGACCUGGACAUCAGCGAGAUCUGUUCUGUGGACCCCUGCCACAAGUUUACCUGGUGUUUGGACGCAUGCAUUCGGGAGAAGUUUGUGGAUGCUAAGCGAGCCAGGGAGCUUCAGGGUUUCCUGGAUGGGGUCAAGAAAGGCCAGGAGCAGGUGCUCGGGGACCUCUCCAUGAUCCUGUGUGACCCUUUUGCUAGUAACACUCUGGUACUGAGCACUGUGAGAAACCUCCAGGAGCUGGUGGGCCAGGAUGCAUUGCCAAGGGACAGUCCAGACCUGCUGCUGCUGCUGAGGAUGCUCUCGCUGGGCCAAGGUGCAUGGGACAUGAUUGACAGCCAGGUCUUCAAGGAGCCCCGACUGGAUUUGGAGGUGGUGACACGUUUCCUGCCUGCCAUGAUGUCAGUGGUGGUGGAUGACUACACUUACAAUGUAGAGCAGAAGCUGCCUAGUGAAGAAAAGAGCUCCCUCUCCUACCCCAGCACUUUGCCAGAUGCCUUCACCAAGUACCUGCAGGAGAAUAGAGUGGCCUGUGAGAUGGGCCUGUACUUUGUGCUUCACAUCACCAAACAGAGGAAUAAAAAUGCCCUGCAGAGACUGUUGCCUGCGCUCGUGGAAACGCACAACGAUGCAGCAUUCAGCGAUAUCUUCUUGCAUCUCCUCACGGGACACCUCACCCUUCUGUCUGAUGAAUUUGGUACCGAGGAGUUCUGCUCGGCCGUUUUUGACAGCUUCCUCCUCACCUCCUUUUCCAGUAAAGAGAAUGUACACAGACACACACUGCGCCUGCUGCUGCACCUCCACCAAAAAGUGCUGCCAUCUCGUCUGGAGACCCUUGUCAAGACCCUGGAGCCCCCAAAGCAGAGCAGUGAUCCUGUAAAGGAGCUUUACACCCAGCUGACAGAGAAGCUUGAGGCUCAGAAGAAGAGUCCCCCGCAGGCAGCCGAUGCACCCUCCCUGGAUUUGGGCCUGCACCCGGUCACGGUGCCCACCACGGCUGCCACACCCACCACACCGCUCUGAGGGCCAUGGGGUGGGGGUCACUGUGUUCUGAACUGUGUUGUGUUACAUUAUCCCCCACUUGUCUGCUCCAAGUUCAUAAGUUUCUGGGUUUGAAUGAGUUCCGUACAGCAUACCUUUCUUCGAACAGAUUAUACACAUGGCCACAGAUGAGUACCUUUUUGCCAUUUUGAAACAUGACUGUCGCGGUAGUACUCAGACACCAAUAUUUGAUUGUGUACAUUUUUUUCAGAGAAAAACAGCCUUACUUAAGUGGACAAGUUUAACAUUUUUUCUAUCAGACUGAAUGUGAGAACCAUAGUUAGCAGUGUGUCUGUGGUUAGGCGAUAUGUAAAUAAAGGAAUGAGUAGAACGUGGUUGACAAAAACUUUUCUAUUGUGACUUUGUGUUGAAAAGAUUUUCUGUUGGGAAAGAUUUUGUUUUUCAUACUGUAUUGUGCUACCAAAAACAAAGUUGUUGAGCUGGGAAUGGAAGUUGCUCUCAAAUGUACAAUCUGUUGCUGUUUGUUGAAAGUAGAGAAAACAAGGAAAGUAAGGGAAUAAAUUCUUUGGUAAUCAUUAUUACCUUGUUAGCUAUAAAGGGAGAGUCUAAUU